UUCACAGUUUCAAACUGAUGGAAGAUCCACUUCAAUUAAAGGAGAAUGGCAAUGAAUGCUUUCAGAACAAAGACUAUGACAAAGCAAUUGAAUGCUACACAAAAGCUAUUCAACUGACCAAGGACAAGAAAGUCCUGGCUGUACUUUAUAGAAACAGAGCAGCUUGUCAUUUGAAAAAGGAAAAUUAUGUGCCUGCUGCCUCGGAUGCCUCAAAAGCUAUUGAUGUGGAUGCAUCAGACAUCAAAGCACUUUAUAGGCGUAGCCAGGCACUGGAGAAGUUAGGGAAAUUGGAUCAAGCUUUCAAAGACGUUCAGAGGUGUGCCACGAUGGAGCCCAAUAACAAAACAUUUCAAGAAAACUUGCGACGUCUGAAUCAUGACAUUCAAGAGAAGCUAAAGAUUCAGUUCUCCACGGAUUCCAGGGUAGAGCGGAUGUUUGAGAUCUUGCUAGACGAGAACAUUGACAAAGAAAGGAAGGAAAAGGCUGCCAAUAACUUGAUAGUACUGGCGAGAGAAGAUGCAGGAGCUGAACGGAUUUUCAGAAACAAUGGUCUUAAUCUGUUGAUGCAGCUUAUUGAUACCAAAAAACCAGAGCUAAUGCUUGCUGCAAUAAGGACACUUUCAGGAAUGUGCAGUCGCCACAAGUCACGGGCAAUUGCUGUGUUGCAUUUUGUGGGCUUGGACAAGAUUUGCAGUCUUAUGGCCCUGGACAAUGAAGAGAUUGCAUUGGCGAUCUCAAGUCUCUUCCAAACGAUCCUAGAUAACUUUGAAGGAGUAGAUAGUAAAGAACAUCGUGGGAAGGAUGAAGCUCUGGUGCUGG